CCUCUGCUCUGAAAACUCACAGCAGCUGAAGGCUCCCUCCUCCUCCUGUUCUCCAUCUCUUCUCUGGAGGAGUCAUCCUCAGCGGAGGAUAUCUGGAUCGUGGCUACCUGCUCACCUCCUGCUCACCUCCUGCUCACCUCCUGCCCACCUCCUGCCCACCUCCUCCUCCUCUGUCUUUGUGUGCCGGAGCUUGUCAGCGGGACACUGCUGGCUUCGUGUCCGGCUCAGAGCGCUGUGAGGACGGCCUGAGGACGCCUGGAUGAAGCUCUCAUGUCUCACCUUGGGAGGAGAGUCCAGGCCUCUCUCCUGACCUCUGACCUGAGCAGGGAGCACUUCUGAGGAGAGACAUGCAGGGAGGAGCAGAGGAGGAGACUGACACCUCCUCACUGAGAGGAGGAGCAGGAGGACGAGACUCCUGCAGAACAAACAGCCUCAUCAACACCCAGCGGCUGGGCUCAGACCCUCAGGAGGCCCACCUGUUCCACAGCAGGACUCCUCCUCAGCUCCUGAACUCCAGGACCCUCCUCCCUCAUCACGUGAGACCAGAACCCCCCCUGAGACCUGGGCCGGGCCUCCUCCUGUGCCCUGACAGCAUCCUGCAGGUGUGGGGGGAGGCCGGAGGAGGGGAUUGUUGCGAGACCACCUUCAUCGAGGGGCACGGCCCAGACGUCUUCUCCUCCUCCACCAAGGAGGUGCUGCUGUUUGCUGAUGGGAAGUUCCUGGAGUUCUCAGGAGAAGACACAAAGAUUCCCACGCUGUCGUACGACAUCGAUGACGAGGACUUCCAGGAGGUUGAGAGUGAGUACUCCAGUGAAUCUGAAAGUGAGGACACAUUCCUGCUGAUGCCUCCCAGAGAUCACCUUGGUCUCAGCGUCUUCUCCAUGCUGUGCUGCUUCUGGCCACUCGGCAUCGCUGCCUUCUACCUGUCCCACGAGACCAACAAGGCCGUUUCUAAAGGGGACUUCCAUGUGGCCAGCUCCAGCUCCAGGCGGGCUCUCUUCCUGGCCGUGCUGUCAAUCACCAUCGGUACAGGGAUCUACGUGGGCGUGGCUGUGGCCCUCAUCGCCUACCUGUCCAAAAACCACCAAUGGUGAAGGAGAUUAGAGCGAGGCAGAUUACCCAUCAGCCCCUGCUGAUCCGUCAUGAGGCCUGACUCCUGCUGGGGUGGAUGCUGGAUGUGGUUUUGGAGCAGUGUGGAAGAGAAAGGCCUGAAACAAAGAAGCUUCAGCAGAUCCAGUGUUCUGGUCAUGGUGGUGUGUUUCACUCUGACACCUGUUCAGACAGGUGUGAGACACGUUCAUCUGGACUCUGAAUGUUGGAACCAUUCAAACUUUAAACUCUAAUAAUACGUCUGUGAUCCUCUGAGAUUCUUCAACCUGACAACUGGAAACAUGAGCUCUCAGCAGAGAGGAGGGACGAUGCCUUCAGAGAACCUCAGAAAAAAUACUCUGGACCAUGUUUGAACAGCUGAUGAGACAAAAACAACCUGUUUGACUCACUGUUUCCUUCUGUUAUUAUAUCAAACUUUGACUUUCUUUUGUUUUCACCAGUGUGUGAAUGUGUGAACGUCUGUAAGUGUGAAGAGCUUUGGGGUCCACAGGGUCUUGAUAAAGCUCUAUGAGUUCAGUCCAUUUAUUUUAUUUGAUUUUAUUGAAAUUCAUCAAAUUGUUUCACACAAAACUCCUUAUUUGGUGUCAUUAAAACAAUUCUGACCAAUGAACACAUCAAGGCUUUUUCUGAACGAGUUUUCUGUUUUUUAUUCUACUUAUGAAAAAGUUGAAUGAAUUAUAAAUAUAACUUACUGUUCUCACAAUAAAAGAAUUUUUUAUGAAAA